UGGCUAUGUGAAUAACUAGUAAAAUCAGUUGGUAGAGUAGUUCAAAGAGGUGGGUGGAAGUUUUGUGGGUAGACGUGAGCUUCUUGUGAUUAAAUGGCUUCUACGAAGGUAAUAUUUAUGCCUGCUGCAGCCAAUUUGAUGUUUAGAAGAACUACAAGGCCGCAUUUGUCAUUCUUAGCAGAACAAAAUUACAGUCACUCUGUGUCCCAAGAGACAGUUGCAGCGGAGAGCAAAAAUGCUGUAUCGCCGUCAGUCAAGAAGAAACAACAGAAAUUUCCAUUUGCAAAGAACAUUUUCCUUGGGAAGUUCGACAGUGAUAUUCUUACUUAUCCCGAGGUUCUUGAUAAGGAACGAUUACAAACACUUAAUGAAAUGGUUGCACCCAUUGAGAGAUUUUUUUCUGAUGUUGACUCCAAAAAGAUUGAUGCAACUGGUCAUAUCCCUCAAGAAACAUUAGAUCAGUUGAAGUCUUUUGGUUUAUUUGGUCAGCAAAUUCCAGAGGAAUAUGGUGGUUUAGGUUUGAAUGCCACCGAGUAUGCCCGGUUAGGUGAGGUCACUUCAAUAGAUGGAUCAAUUGCAGUAACACUAGCAGCACACCAAGCCAUAGGACUCAAGGGAAUUCUCAUUGCUGGUAAUGAGGAACAGAAACGUCGCUAUCUUCCUCGUCUAGCAACAGGGGAGUGGAUUGCAGCAUUUUGUCUCACAGAAGCUGGAAGUGGAUCUGAUGCUGCUUCCAUCCAAACACGAGCACAACUGUCUGAUGACAAAAAUACAUGGAUAUUGAAUGGAAGCAAAAUUUGGAUCAGUAAUGGUGGCAUUGCGAACUUGUUUACAGUUUUUGCAAAAACAGAGAUAACUGGCCAUAUAGGAGAAAAGCAGGAUGUUGUGACAGCUUUUUUAGUUGAGAGGAAUUUUGGUGGUGUAACCAGUGGAAAAGCAGAAGAUAAAUUAGGAAUCAGAGGAUCAAACACUUGUGAGGUGAAUUUUGAAAAUACUCCAGUUCCAGCUGAAAAUAUCUUAGGUGAAGUUGGUGAUGGUUUCAAAGUAGCAAUGAACAUUCUAAAUAGUGGACGCUUCGGCAUGGGCUCUGAUGAAUCAGGUGUUCUGAAGAAGCUCAUAGGUUGGACUGCUGAGCAUGCCAUCAACAGGCAGCAGUUUGGUAAACCGUUGGCAGAGUUUGAAUUGAUUCAAGAGAAAUUUGCAAAAAUCACAUGUCUGACUUAUGCAAUGGAGAGCAUGGCUUACCUAACUGCUGGGAUGUUAGACACCUAUGAAAAUCCAGAUUGUGCUGUUGAGGCUGCUAUAGUGAAGGUGUUCAGUUCUGAAGGCUGCUGGUAUGGUGUCAGUGAAUGUCUGCAGAUUCUUGGAGGAAUGGGGUACAUGAAGGACUACCCAUAUGAACGCAUCCUCAGAGACUCCCGCGUUACUAUGAUUUUUGAAGGAACAAAUGAGAUUUUAAGAAUUUUCAUCGCAUUGAUGGGAAUUCAGUAUGCUGGAAUAGAAUUGAAAGAAGUAACAAAGAAGAUGAGGAAUCCUCUUAUGAAUCCUAAUUUUUUCUUUUACACAAUUUGGCAGAAAAGACGGCAAGUUAAUGAUUCACCGACAUUGAAUCUGGGCUUGGAUGGAUACCUGCACCCUUCGUUACAGGGAUCAGCAAAAUUACUGGAGUACUGUGUCUUGCGUCUGCAGUAUGGGGUAGAAACUGUCUUGUUACAUCAUGGUAAAGCCGUCAUUGACCAACAGAUGAUGCUCAAGAGACUUGCAGAUGUUGCUAUUGACAUUUAUGCUAUGACUGCUGUAUUAGGGCGUGCAUCACGGUCAUAUUGCAUUGGAUUACAGAAUUCAGCUGAAGAGAUAACUUUGGCACAUACAUUUUGCCAUGAUGCUUAUAUUCGAGUAAAGAGGAACAUUCUUGACAUUGAUGAUGGUCCAGUAAUAAACAAUGACUACAAUUACAAGAAAGUGGCAAAACAGGUAUUCAAGAGCUAUGGAUACUUUGCAGAGCAUCCACUUGCAAGAAAUUACUAGUGCAUAUUAUUUGUAUGUGAAAUAAUUCUGUAUUUGUACAAAAAUAAAAUUACAACUUUUAUAAAGGAA